AUGCCCGUGUCGUCAAAGUUUCGUUUACCUCAGCUUGAGUCGUUCGACGGACUCAGAGACCCUCAAGAUCACCUUAAUACCUUCAAGACGACGCUAGGUCUUCAACAGCCACCCGACGAGAUAUUGUGUCGUUCUUUUCCCACCACUCUCAAAAGAGCUACAAGGGAAUGGUUCACAAAGUUGCCGACAUCGUCCGUGGACAACUUUGAGCAAUUGAACAAUGCCUUCUUGCGUCAUUUCAUAGGGGGGCAGCGUCCAAAGAGGCCGGCAGACCACUUACUCACCAUUAGACAGGGAGAGAAGGAAACCCUAAGGUCGUACAUGAAACGCUUUACUCGGGAGACUCUAGAGGUGGACGAAGCUGAUGACAAGGUGCAACUGAUGACCUUCAAAGUAGGACUGAGAUCCAGAGAUCUCCUGGCUUCACUUGCGAAGAAUCCACCAAAGACAAUGGCAGAGAUGCUCCUGAAGGCACAGAAGUACAUGAACGCUGAAUAUGCUUUAGCCGCGAUAAAGGAUGUGGAAAAGACCCUACCCAAGGGAAACUCGGCCCAACCUGGGAAGGACCCUACCGGGUCGCCCAUUACUCCAGACAAGGUAGUUAUCACUUGGAGACCAUAG